GCUUUGGUUCUAAAGACUUGUUGCACAUCUCCACUUGUGUUAACGUGUGUACAAACCUUGUCAAGCAGUUUUCAGUCAUUUGUUGUGGCCAUAUAUUGCAGUGGAAAGAAACCCUUCUAAAUGGAAGUUGGGUUGGAACAUUCGCCUCAUUGCUGUUCUUUAUUGCGGAAUUUUUGUGAUCUGCAUUGGAAACUAUCUAUCAUGCUGGGUCAUCAAGAAGAAGGGUCCAGUUUUUCAAGCUGUUACCACACCAUUGAGUCCGGUUAUGGCAUUAAUUGGCUCCCAGUUUCUCUUAAACGAUGGAAUUAGCCUCCGCAGGCAAGCUUUUGGAUCUCUCUUCUUACUGCCUCUCACCAUAUUUUUCAAAAGAAAAGAAGUAACAAGUUUAUCACUAGGGGAGAUGUGGAAGAAUUUCAUGCAGGCCAGUUUGGGGUUUACGCUGGCUUUGAAUACUUACGGGAUAGGUGUUAAUUAUACGUCUGCAACUUUAGGUGCUGCAGCAUUUAAUUGUCUCCCUGUCACCACAUUCCUCUUUGCUCUUAUUUUAAGGAUGGAGAAAGUAAACAUAAGGAAAACAAGUGGGAUGGCAAAGGUUGGAGGCAUAGUGCUGUGCAUUGCAGGAGUUGCAGUACUUGCAUUUUACAAAGGCCCUUACAUGAAGCCACUCUUCAACUAUCACCUUUUUCAAACCCACCAAAAAUCUCAUCUUUCUUCCCACAAAACAUGGAUUAUUGGCUGUUUUUUCCUUCUCGUUUCUUGCAUUUCAUGGGGUUUGUGGAUUGUCCUCCAGGCUUUGGUUCUAAAGACUUGCCCAUCUCCACUUGUGUUAACGUGUGUACAAACCUUGUCAAGUGCGAUUCAGUCAUUUGUUGUGGCCAUUGCGGUGGAGAGAAACCCUUCUCAAUGGAAGCUGGGUUGGAACAUUCGCCUCAUUGCUGUUCUUUAUUGCGGAACUUUUGUAAUUUGCAUUGCCAAUUCUUUGUCAAGUUGGGUCAUCAAAAAGAAGGGUCCAGUUUUCCAAGCUGUUAACACACCCUUGAAUCUCAUUUUUACACUAAUUGGUUCAGAAUUUCUCUUAAAUGAUGGAGUUAGCUUGGGAAGUAUAAUAGGCGCCAUGUUGCUGGUUUUGAGCCUCUACAGUGUUCUAUGGGGGAAAAGGAAGGAAAUGAGUUGUGGUAAUACAGAAAAUAAGAGUGAUUCAGCUCCACAAGAAAAGGAAUUAAUUGUACAUCACAUCUGAACUAGACAUUCAUAUGGAACAGACCAUCCACUCAAUAAUUCUUUGUUUUUAAAAUAAAGUUCUUCCAAUUGUCUAAUACGUUCAUUCCGCUA